AUGAAGAAUACCAUGCUGCUGGAUGUUCGCUUGAGGAAUGGCAUACGAGACAAAUUUACGACAAAUGACAAUGAGUGCAUGAACUCAAAGUUUAAAAAACAUGUCAAUUAUAAAGCUUCAGAUUUGCCCAAAUUUAUAAAGGAUGCUGAGGAAUUUGUCAGGGCAGACCAAAUUGUUAUCGAGGCGGCUUUUGCUGGCACAGGUGAGUAUCGUUUCGUCGAAGGUUAUGAAACAUUCAACGUGGGAUCGAAGUGGUGGAGCUUUUCUCCGGUAAAGCGCGUCGCCCAUUUCAAUCGGUUCCUGGAGGCAUGCAAAUGCGGACCGUCCACCCAAAUUUGCAGUGCCAUACCACAAAUUACCCAAUCAUCAGCAGAGAGCUCGGACGUCAGUGUUUCCCCGAAUAGUUCUAUCACCGUAAGGACGGAAAACUCAUUUUUGAUGCCUGCAGUGAACAUCGCAGCUGAUGUAUUGAAAGGGAUACUAAAUAAAGCCGAGAAACUUGUCCAGGAGAAUCUCGUGUCAGAUAUUAAGGGAAAAGGUAAUAAGCAAGUUGCAAUUGCUAGUCACUCGGACGUGUACCCGAGGAUCGUUGUUCGAGAGGACCGCAAACGUAGAGGUGAAAACGUGGUGGAAUUGAAAUGCGGUCCAGGUAAAGGUUGCCUGAAUUUUUCCACACAUGGCAUGUGCUCCCAUACCCAGGCAGCAGCUGUUGCGUGGGACGUCAAACUGGAGUAUUGGAAAUUUUUGGAGACCUCCAAAAAAAUCGGCACAAGUCUGCAGAAUCUGUCACGGCAUGGUUUGCCUAAUGGAUCUGGGAAAAAAGACAACCAAAUUAAACGGGGCAGUAACAAACGACAAAAAAACUCAUCCCAAACAUCGUCCCUUCCCAUCAAUAGCACUACUAUUCUAAGUACUCAUCAUGCUAUGUUGCCACCAUGCAACAACCAACAGCUAAACAGUAAUGCUGCAGUUUCACAACUUUCCAGCUCAAUAACCAUUACAGGAAAUACAUUACCAUUGAGAGGAAAUACAUUGCCAUUGAGAGGAAAUACAUUGCCAUUGCAGAGUGCGAACCGAUAUGAAAACAUCACAAGCAUUGCUCCAAGAACACCAGUUCCACCACCAACACGAGGAGAGGCCAGUAUAAACACGAGAACGUUCGCAAGUGUUCAAUUACGACAUCCAUUGAAUUGCCCAGCACCAUGUGUUAUUCCAAAUGUUCCGGCACCCGUGCCAGACAAUCCGCGUCCACAAUCCGGACAUUUUUGGUUGUAUUUGUUACAAUUUUGUCCUGCGCAAGUAAGCGUAUGUUUUGGUUGCUCUCAAAGCCUGAAAAUCAACGGUAAAAUUUGUCAACCGCCUCAUGACUUGGUAAUUGUUUCGAAUAUGGUGCGGGUAUAUCCUCACAACGGUGAACAAAUGUCAAGGCGCAGUAACGUGUAUUUUCAUUUUAACAUGGAUUGUGUGAAAAAGAAGCAGCCUGCAUUCCAUUUUGGAUAUCUGUUUCUUCCUCCGGACGUAAUCAGAUACUUACAAGAGGUUCAUUAUCAGUUUCUUGCCCUUCAGGGGUUAAGAUUAUAA